AUGGCUUCUUCAAUACCUGGUUUCGUAUCAUUACCAGAUUCAAAAUAUGAUUUAUCUACUUAUUGGGGUAGAGUUAAACAUUGUGCUGAAAUUUCAGAUCCAACAAUGUUAUUAAAUACUACAAGUGACAUUGAACAAGCUAAACGUAAAAUUUGGGAUUAUAAAAAUGGUGUUUUAAAUAAAAUGACUCCUGAUUUAUGGAAAUCAAAAAGAAUUCUUGAUAGUUCAUUACAUCCAGAUACUGGAGAAACGGUAUUUUUACCAUUUAGAAUGUCAUCAUGUGUCUUAUCAAAUUUAGUCGUUACAGCCGGUAUGUUAACACCAAAUUUGGGUACUUUUGGAACAUUAUUUUGGCAGAUUGCAAAUCAGUCAUUAAAUGUAGCUAUAAAUACUGCAAAUUCAAAUAAAUCUCAUCCAUUGACCACUAAACAGUUGGUUACAAAUUAUAGUAUUGCCGUGGGUGCUUCUUGUUCAGUUGCACUUGGUUUAAAUUCAUUAGUUCCAAGAUUGAAAAAUUUAAAACCAAAUACAAGAAUGAUUUUAGGUAGAUUAGUUCCAUUUGCUGCUGUUGUAUCUGCUGGUGUUGUAAAUGUAUUUUUAAUGAGAAGUGAAGAGUUGAAAAAAGGUAUUUCAGUAUUUAAUAAAAAAGGUGAAGAAGUUGGUAAUUCAAAAAUUGCUGCUUGGUAUGCAGUUGGUGAAACUGCUUUGAGUAGAGUUAUAAAUGCAACUCCAGUCAUGGUUAUACCGCCAUUAAUAUUAGUUAGAUUACAAAAGACAAGAUUAUUGAAAGGUAAAUCAAGAAUUGUUGAAAAUUUGACUAAUAUUGGUUUAAUUUUUGUAACUUCUUUAGUUGCAUUACCUUUUGCGUUGGGUGUAUUCCCACAAAAGAGAACAUUACCUGUUGAUAAAUUGGAAGAUAAAUUUCAUAAUAUAAAGGAAAAAAAUGGUGAAAAAUUGGAAGAAUUACAAUUCAACAGAGGUAUUUAG